AUGCCGAGCGGCGCACCGGCCCAUCAUCGUCAUGCUACUCCGAAGCCCACCGCGGCAGAACGGCCGCAUGCACAUAAGGAGGAGCCCCAACAGGUGAUACCUAUGACGAAUGUUAUGCCAGGGGACAGUCCCUUCGUCACGUGGGAUCAAUUCCAGUCCGGUAUGAGUGUGAUAAGAACUGUUAUAGGGGGGACCGGGAUAUCAGGCGCAGCUUUUCCCAUACUACCAGAAGACGGCAGCACUAUGCAGGCUUUUCUGCUGCUCAUCGAGCGCCGGUACGCCCAUAUGGGAUUGGAGCCGCUCGAGUGGGGAAGCGCACUUAUUGACCACCUUGUGGGCCCGUCUCUAACGUAUUGGAUGUGUCUACGGAGAAUUACCGACCUAAGCGACUGGGCGGCAGUACAACGCAGGCUUUUGGAGCGGUUUGACAAAACAAUGUCGCAGAGUCAAUUGUUAACGGAGUUGGCUAAAGUAGGGCGGAAUGGUAACCCGAAGCAAUAUAUGGACCGGUUUGCGGCUGUAGCGGAGCGUGGUUUGGGUGUUGCCGCCGACGAACUCGCUGACUAUGCACCGGACUACCGACAGACCUCCAUCUUCUAA